CGCAUCGUGCCAUGCUGCCCUGCCGCGCACACCCACCCCAGUGGGUGCUCGCCCCGCUCUGCCUGCUGCUCGCCGAGCUCGGCGCCGCCUUCCCGCCCACCUACCAGUGGAAGGACGCGGUGACGGAGGCCAGGGUGACCUGCCAGCAGUGCCCGCCGGGCACCUUCGUGGCGCAGCACUGCAGCAGCGCGCGGCCCACGCUGUGCGCGCCCUGCCCCGAGCUGCACUACACGCAGUACUGGAACUACCUGGAGAAGUGCCGCUACUGCAACGUCAUCUGCGAGGAGCAGCAGGUGGAGGUGCAGCAGUGCAACGCCACGCACAACCGCGUCUGCCAGUGCCGCCAGGGCUACUUCGCCGAGAACGAGUUCUGCGUCCGCCACUCCGAGUGCGCGCCCGGCUCCGGCGUGGCCAGCGCGGGGACCCCCGUGGAGGACACGCGGUGCCAGCCCUGCCCGCGCGGCUCCUUCUCGGCCUCGGCGUCCCGCAGCGAGCCCUGCCGGCCCCACCAGGACUGCGCGCGCCAGGGCAAGGUGACCAACGUGCCGGGCAACCAGUACCACGACACGCUCUGCACCUCGUGCGGGCUGGCCGGCGCCAACGGCUCGCGGGGCGCAGCGCCGCAAGACGAGGACUGCGCUCAAGCCGCCAUCGACUUCGUGGCCUACCAGGACAUCCCGGUGCGGAAGCUGAGGCGGCUGCAGCAGCUGCUGGAGCACUCGCCGCGCCGCGCGGUGCCGGCCGGCCGCGCCGCCGCGCAGGAGAAGUUCCGCAGGGACCUCACGCGCCUCAAGGAGGGGCACCCCGAGGUGACCCGCGAGCUGCUGGGCGCGCUGCGGGCCGCCAAGCUGCACGCCAUCGAGCGGCAGGUCCGCGAGCGCUUCCUCGGCCCCGCGCGCCUCGGCUGA